UUUUUUUAUUUUGAAGAACGAUCCAGGAAGUAGCAGAACAAAAACAACUACAAUUGUGUUCAAUGCUCUAUGGUGUGAACUGUGUAGUCUGAAGACGUUGACUUUACACUGCAAUGCAAAUUACUAUAACAUAAGUGUUUAACAUAAACAUAGUGCUAAGGACAUGUCCAAUACUGUCGCAUUUCAUGCUCAGCUAGCCUCCAUCGUCGAGGUAUUGGCGAAUGCAGCCGUUGCCGAAAUCUGCAAACUUGUAGAUGACGGCCAUGCUGCUUUACGUUUGGAAAUUUCCCAUAGCCAGAAAGAAAUUGAGAACUUGCGGAGGAAGCUGGUUUUGACAAAAUGUCAGACUUCUCGACGGAGCGCAGAGAGAUUUGGAGCCCUGCGACGCACAGUUCACAGGCACGUGGACACUAAUCAUGUUGCCCGGGGAAGAGGGAGCUUUGUAGUGAAGUCGACAGGCAGAAUUGGAUAUUUGAAGAAUCGUUUUGACGACAUUGAAGAGGGCAACUUCAUGCAGGAUGUCACUACCUGGAAAGACGCAGGACGCACAGCGACAGACCAUAAUGGGGGCAUGCAGAUGGCAGAUAUGCAAGAGGAAACUUGUGUCAAAAUGGAGAACCUUGACACCAGUACAAUGGAAGAGAUUGUCCAACCAGUCAGUGAGAGCAGUGAGAAGAUCAUUGUGGCAGAACCAGGUUCUUCAUCCUCUACUGAACCCACAGACCUUCUGGACCAGCAGGGCAACAGACACCGAGCUCCAGACACCUCACUCAAUAUAGAACCUGAAAACCAGACGUUCCAGCAUCCAGCAUCACAAUACAGCAGAGCAAGACAGGACCAUCAGGUUGCUGAGGGUGUGACCUGGGAAACUGACCAUCAACCCAUAGAAUACAGCCUGUCCCAAUGGACAGAGGACCAAGAGACUGACAACCCAACUUUGAAUGCUCCUCAUAAUGCAGGGCCAGACUCCAAGAGGCUGUCUGGACAUCCAGAGAGGAGAGGGGUGCCAGGUAACUCGGGGGUCUGCAUGUCUGCUUCAGGCUCUCUGGACUGGCUGCCUGAUGUGGUGAUGGUGGACUCAGUUCCCAUUAAAGUGGAGGCAGAUAUGAGUUCAGAAUGGAGCAUAACUGGCCAAGAGUUGACAUCUGGAGAGGUUUGUUCAGACAGCAGGCAGCUUGUGGACAACAGAGGAAGAGGGGGAAUGGAGUUUGGACAGACAACAUGUCCCCCUGACACUCAACAUGUAGAGCAAGGGAGAACUGUAGGACCAAGGUCCAAGUUUCCAGAUAUCAAUGGACUGUCCAACCGAAACAGCUCUUCAUCCCCAAGGGUUACUCUCCAACAGGUUCCCCAAAGAGGGAAGCCAGCCCCCUUCCCGAAUUUCAACAGAGGCUCCACUUCUUCAUCGAAAGGCAUAGAAAAGCAGCCGCAACAGCUGACGUCUCAAUCCAGCAAGAGAUAUCUCCGGUGCAGCCUCUGCGGGAAGCCCUUCCCCCAGGCGUACCUAAGCAGGCACAUGCGGGUCCAUACGGGGGAGAAACCGUACGGCUGCAGCCACUGCACCAAGCGCUUCUCCCACAGCCACCAGCUGAAGAGGCAUGAGAGGGUGCACACCGGAGAGAAACCGUUUCAAUGUGUCUACUGUGGGAAGUGCUUCACCCAGUCCUGUCACAUGAAGAAGCACCUCCUCGUCCACACUGGCGGCAGGCCACAGGACGUUGUGCUGCCCUAAGUGUUCCAGGCUAUAGUUCAGACUAGAUACAGAUCUAGGAUCAGCUUCCUCUCCCACAAUCUUAACCUUGACCAUUAGUGGAUUUUUAAAAUUCUUUAAACUGACCCAACAUCAGCAUCUAAGGGCAACUUCACACUACUCCUCCCAGUGUAAUGAUAGGCAGGGCCUGGAGUUUUUCCUCACCAGGUGACCAGGCCAGGGAAAAACUCCUGGCCCUAGUUGUAAAUGGAAUGUCUCAACACUACUGUGGUUUAUAUAUGAACACUGGGUCCAUGUGUUUUUCACUUUGAAUGGUUUCCUCAUUGAACGCUUCCCUCAGGUGAUUCCAACCUGCGGCCUUUGUUAUUGGCUCAACACUCUUAACCGCUUGGCUACAUCCUUAUGAAUUUGUAUUUGUGCAGUGGGGAACCAAAGUACAAUAAUUAAGACUACAUUUCCAUUAACCUGUCAAUAAGACAGAUUCCCUAUCAGACUGAUAGACUGUAACGAUGUAGAUAGAUUUCAUAUCAUUGUGAACAGAGUUCCCGAAGCACUGGACAGGUGCCUGGGCGAGCAAGGCCUGUUGGUGGUUGAGAGUUUGUUGCUCGUCUCUGUUCGUACUUGGACACCGGGAUGAGGAGGAGGAAGGCACAGGGUUCCCAGACGCCAGCACACUCCUUGCCCUGGAAACGAACCUGGCGUCCCAGCAGUUACAAGGAGAGAGAGAGUGCUGACAGGAAUGAGAUCUGAUCCUGAUCCCAAGUAGUUACUGAAAGGAGAAGCCAGCACAUUGUGGUUACAGGUCACUGUGAAGGACAACAUGUUAUUUAGGUGUUUAGCUAUUACUCAAGACUAUCAGAAAUCCCUUUGGCUAUUUAUAUACAGUACCAGUCAAAAGUUUGGACACACCUACUCAUUCCCAAGUGGGCUCCAGAGUGACGCAGCGGUCUUAGGCACUGUGUCUCAGUGCUAGAGGUGUCACUACAGACUCUGGUUCGAUUCCAGGCUGUGUCACAACCGGCCGUGAUUGGGAGUCCCAUAGGGCUGCUCACAAUUGGCCCAGCGUAUUCUGGGUAAGGGUUUGGUAAGGGUAGGCUGUCAUUGUAAAUAAGAAUUUGUUUUUAACUGACUUGCCUAGUUAAAUAAAGGUUAAAAAAAAUACUUUGAAAGUUUCUUCAAGGUGCAGUCGCAAAAACCAUCAAGCGC